AUGAGCUCUCAUCCCUUCCUCAGCCCUCCCCUCCUCAGCCCUCCCCUCCUCAGCCCUCCCCUCCUCAGCCCCCUCGCCUCAGCCCUCCCCUCCUCAGCCCCCUCGCCUCAGCCCUCCCCUCCUCAGCCCUCCCCUCCUCAGCCCUCCUCACCUCAGCCCUGCUCUCCUCAGCUCCCCUCCUCAGCCCUCCCCUUUUCAGCGAUCCUCACUCCUCCCCUCCACAGCCCUCCCCUUGUCAGCCCUCCUUUUGUCAGCCCUCCCCUCCUCAGUCCUUCCCUCCUCAGCGCUCCUCAGCCCUCCCCUCCUCAGCCCUCCUUUUGUCAGCCCUCCCCUCCUCAGCCCUCCCUCCUCAGCGCUCCUCAGCCCUCCCCUCCUCAGCCCGCCCCUCGUCAGCCCCCCCCCAACCUUCCCCUCCUCAGCCCCUUCCUAGAACCUGCCACACACAAAGAUGAGCUCUCAUCCCUUCCUCAGCCCUCCCCCAGCUCUCCCCUCCUCAGCCCUCCCCUCCUCAGCCCUCCCCUCGUCAGCCCUCCCCACCUCAGCUCUUCCCUCCUCAGCACUCCUCAGCCCUCCCCUCUUCAGUGCACCUCCGCCCUCCCCUCCUCAGCCCUCCUCUCCUCAGCCCUCCCCUCCGCAGCCCUCCCCUCUUCAGCACUCCUCAGCCCUCCUCUCCUCUCCUCAGCCCUCCCCUCCUCAGCCCUCCCCACCUCAGCGCUCCUCAGUCCCUCAUCCUCAGCCUUCCCCUUGUCAGCCCUCCUCUCGUCAGCCCUCCCCUCAUCAGCCCUCCCCUCCUCAGUGCUCCUCAGCCCCUUCUCCUCUUCCCGCCUCUCGUCAGCCCCCCUCCUCAGCCUUCCCCUCCUCAGCACUCCUCAGCCCCCCCUCUUCAGCCCCUUCCUAGAACCUGCCACACACAAAGAUGAGCGCUCAUCCCUUUCGCAGCUCUCCCCUCGUCAGCCCUCCCCUCGUCAGCCCUCCCCACCUCCUCAGCCCCCCCCAGCUCUCCCCUCCUCAGCCCUCCCCUCGUCAGCCUUCCCCUCGUCAGUCCCCCCCCCCUCAACCCCCCCAGCUCUCCCCUCCUCAGCCCUCCCCUCGUCAGCCCUCCCCUCGUCAGCCCCCCACUCGUCAGCCCUCCGCUCGUCAGCCCUCCCCUCGUCAGCCCUCCCCUCGUCAGCCCCCCCCCUCGUCAGCCCUCCCCUCGUCAGCCCUCCCCACCUUCUCAGCCCUCCCCACCUCGUCAGCCCUCCCCUCCUCAGCCCUCCCCUCGUCAGCCUUCCCCUCGUCAGUCCCCCCCCUCAACCCCCCCAGCUCUUCCCUCCUCAGCCCUCCCCUCGUCAGCACCCCCCUCGUCAGCCCUCCGCUCGUCAGCCCUCCCCUCGUCAGCCCUCCCCUCAUCAGCCCCCCCCCUCGUCAGCCCUCCCCACCUCCUCAGCCCUCCCCACCUCCUCAGCCCCCCCAGCUCUCCCCUCCUCAGCCCUCCCCUCGUCAGCCCUCCCCUCGUCAGCCCUCCCCUCGUCAGCCCCCCCCCCACUCAGCCCCCCCAGCUCUCCCCCCCUUCAGCCCUUCUCAACCCUCCCCUCCUCAGCCCUCCCCACCUCAGCUCUUCCCUCCUCAGCGCUCCUCAGCCCUCCCCUCGUCACCCCCCCCUUCUCAGCCCCCCCCCUCUGUUCAGCGCUCCUCAGCCCUCCCCACCUCAGCCCUCCCCUCCUCAGCCCUCCUCAACACUGUCUCAACCCUCACACUUUUAUCUCUCUAAAGCCGACGCCAGAACACGAUAGGGGCAGGUUAACAAAAGGAUGA